CCGCUUUGAUGGCGACGAGCGCGCUUUGACAUUCGGCACGGAUGAGGAAAUGUGUUUUUCCCCCCCUCUUUGCCACUGACCGGGAUUCGCAGCAGACCCUCAUGACUUUUGCGACCUGCUGACAUCUUGAUCCAGAAGCGGCGUGUUGGUGUGGAGACGCAGCCCCUGGCAGGAAAUGCUCCGGUCAGCGCAGGACGCCGGCAACGUCCGGCGCUAAAUCCCCAGCUGAAGAGAACACGAUGUGGGCGCUUGUUUUCCCAGCCUUCAUCUGUGGUCUGUGGGGGAUGUGUGUCACGAAAGGCUCUGUGGUCUACAGGGCCAAAGAAAACGAGACCGUCACCGUCGAAUGGAGCCUUCAGCAGGAAACUGAUUUACCUCUGAUGAACAUGAUGUGCGAAUUUCACUCUGACCCUGUAAAGAUUGUGUACGAAGCAAUAGGAGGCUCUUUUGGGUCUCCAGAUGAGCAGUUUGUGGGCCGGGUUCAUUUUGACAGAGACGCUCCCAGAGAAGCAAAGAUCAGACUCAAAAUGUCCCGACUCAAAAUGGAAGACUCUGGGAAUUACUGCUGCUACUUGAAAGCUAAUUAUGACAACGUCGCUUGGAAGUGGGGACUUCAAAUAAAAGAAUACUUUGAUCUGAAUGUCACGGCUGGAGGAAACGAUGAUCUGUCAAACAACACCACUAGCUACCCAACCACUCCAGAUGCUGAACAUCCUUCUACAGGACCAGACCAAAACAUCCGAUGGGGUAUACGCUUAUCAGUCGGUGCAGUACUUUUGGCUGUAGUUGUCUUUUUGUUCAGCAGAGCUCGAGCUCGAAGGAAGCUGAAGAUCUACAUCUGUCCAAAUAUUAUAUAAGAGCUAUGCUUUCUGUGACUCUGCCUUAGUCAGAGAAAAGGAGUUCACUCUAAUUAAGCUUUCUGCUUCUUUAAGGAUGGAAGCUGAAUCAGUACUGCUCAAAACAGUUAAGAAAUUACACGCAGUUGUGGAAAACACUUAGCAAAUUCUUUAAAUGUGAGCGAAUGAGGGGGAAAUUUUGCAUUUGAAGACCAUUUUCAGAGGAGUGGGUGUUUCCGUUUCAUGUGCUCCUACACCCCUCCAAGCCACACAGCAUGCACCAUGUCUGUGUUCAUUAGCUACUGCAGAUCUUGGUCCUGCUGAAGUAUAACCAAUGCACAGAAAUCAAACCAACUCUAAUUAACUAAUUUCAGCAGUCUUUCUAAAAGCAUCUUUUUUACACUGAAUAACAAUAUUUUACCUGUAGUAAAAGAAACAUCAAUAAUAAUAAUUAACCAUUGCCGUUUUGGUCAAUUAAUUUACGCACCUCUGCUAAUUAAUCUUGAUCCAGGAUGUUUGAGUUGAGCUAAUUAUGUCAGUGGAACUAUAUGUUAAUUAGUUCAUUGAAGUGCAAAUGUGAUUCUUGUUGUUUUCUUGGUUUUGGUCCUCCUGUUUUCCAUCCACUGAGGUGUGCAAACGAUAAACAAUAGAUUAGCUUCUGUGCACCAUUAGCUAAUGUCUCUUUGCGCUUUCUUUGAGAUGGACACAGUGCAAAAAGUGAAAAGACCAAAGAACACAUUUCAAGUCAAAACUGCGAUUUGAUGCACUACAGGGCUGCAGGAAAAUGUUUCAUAUUGAAAGUUCAUUGACUUACUCUAAUCAAGUGAUGGAUAGCGAGUAACUCCAUACGUGGGUUGCUUAUUACUGCACCUCUUGAGUGAAUAAUGAUUCAAUGAAUCCACAAUGUUAUGGAAAAAAAAACGUUACAGUGUUUCAUUUUUAAACUUGAAAAAAAAAACACAUGUUUUCAUUGCCCCUGCUCAGACAAAAAUGUUCAUUUUUAGUUUGGUUGUUCAUUCCCGUCUAUCUGCAGGGUUAUUGUAACUCUAUG